AUUAAAUUCUAUAAAUUAUUAUUUUUUAAUUCUUUAAUUUUUGGAUCUCUACUAGCAAUUUCCUCCUUUUCUUGAUUUUCCAUAUGAAUAGGAUUAGAAAUCAAUCUUCUAUCUAUUAUCCCUCUAAUAAAUAGAAAAAGAAAUCUAUAUCCUUCAGAAAGAUCCAUUAAAUACUUCAUUACCCAAACAAUUGCUUCUUCAUUAAUUCUUAUUGCUAUUAUAAUCAAUUUAAAUAUAUUAGAAUAUAUCCCUCAAUAUUUUAAUACAUAUUUAAAUAUUAUAAUAAAUUCAGGAUUUUUAAUGAAAAUAGGAGCAGCCCCUUUCCAUUUUUGAUUUCCUGAAAUUAUAGAAGGACUAAAUUGAUUAAUAUGUCUAAUUAUACUUACUUGACAAAAAAUUGCCCCUAUAAUUCUUUUAAUAAGAAAUCUUAAAUUAAAUAUCUUUAUUACUUCAACAAUUAUCAUUUCUUCCUUAAUUAGAGGUAUUCAAGGUAUCAAUCAAAUUAGAAUCCGGAAAAUUUUAGCAUAUUCAUCUAUUAACCAUAUUGGUUGAAUACUAGCUAGAAUAAUAUACUCAAAUUCAACAUGAAUAAUCUAUUUUAUUACCUAUUCAUUAAUUUCAAUUAAUUUAAUCUUAGUUAUAUACAAUUUAAACAUUUUCUUUCUAAAACAACUAUUUAACUCAUUAAACUACAAAAAGAUACUUAAAUUUCUUUUCAGACUAAAUUUCCUUUCAUUAGGAGGAUUACCACCAUUUUUAGGUUUCCUACCUAAAUGAUUAACUAUUAAUCUACUAGUACAAAAUAACCUUUUCCUUAUUUCAGCUAUUCUAAUUGUAUUAACUCUUCUUACCCUUUUCUACUAUCUACGAAUUUCCUCUAAUUCACUAGUAAUUUAUUCUAGAGAAAACCUAAGGAAAAUAUUCUACUUGAAAAAUUUAACAAUUAUUUUUAAUUCAAUCACUUUAUCUGCCCUAGUUUUAUGUACUUUUAUCUUAAAUCUGUAA